AGGCUCAAUCAUACUUCGAGCCGCGUUUGGAGUCAAUAGUGCUUGAUAUCUCGUGAAGGCCAGGGCGCAUUUUCACCGAUCCUGAGUAAGGUCCCAGAGACGAUGCGAGUGGUUGUGGAUGAAUUAGCCAACACGGCAGAGUUGUACCACGCAUGUGUCCAUCCUGCGCAGUACCAGCGAGGAGAAACCAGAGCAAGUGUCGAGAUGUUCGAGCAGGAGGCUGGUCACCAAUUGGAACCUUUCCAACUGGCAGCAUGCGAGGCAGUGGCGGCGGGCGAGUCUGCGAUAGUCUCGGCCCCAACUUCGGCGGGAAAGACCUGCGUGGCGCGCUACGCUCUGCGCCACCACAUGCGGAUGGGGAUGGUAGCGUAUACCAGCCCGAUCAAGGCCUUGUCCAACCAGAAGUUCGUCGAGUUCUCGGAGGCCUUCCCCGGAGAGGUCGGGCUCCUCACUGGAGACACGCAGAUACGCCCUGAUGCGCGGAUCCUUGUCGCAACGACCGAAAUCUUUCGUGCCCGCCUUGGGGAGGCCUCCUUCUCGCGAGACCUCCGCGCGGUGAUCUUCGAUGAGAUACAUUAUUUAGCGGACGAGGAGCGAGGCGUGGCAUGGGAGGAGGCCGUGCUUAUGCUUCCGCCUGGUGUGCCUCUCGUCUGCUUGAGCGCCACCGUUCCGAACUUCCGAGACGUUGCGGGCUGGAUCUGCGAGGCACGCUGCACGCCCGUGCACGCCAUUGCCACGUUGAGCCGACCAGUGCCGCUGCGGCACUCCGUCCUGGCUGGGCAGAAGGUGCACCCGCUGGGGCCUGCGGCAGAGGGUGUCGCCGCCGCCAACGCUGCACUGUCCGAGCAGGCGGGGAGGACGAAGGAGAGCGCCGCGAUGCGGGAGGCCGCGAGCAAGCUGCAGGCGCUGCUCGCCAAGGGCAGCGAGUUCCGCCCGCUGAUCGUCUUCUCCGUCGGGCGGAGCUUCUGCCGCCAGCUGGCAGAGAUGACAUCCGGGCGCCUGCGGGGCAAGCUCCGCACGUCGUGCGAGCACGGCGCUCUGCGUGGGCUCUGCGUGGAGACCCUCUGAGGGCCACCCAGAA